AUAGUUAAUAGGUAUUCAAAGCGAAAGCAGUUUCUUCUUCGGCGAGCUAACACGAUUGGUUGAUUGAUGGAUAGAUCGAUCGAUCCAUUCAAUUGAUUGAUUAGUUCUUGCAAUCUCCUGCACAAAUUUCACACAGUCAACGCAUCUUCUUCCUGAAUUCGAAACCCACAAAGUCGAAAUUUCUUCUUUUUGUCUGGGUUUGAUUGUUUCGAUGGAGUUGUUCAACGAGGCUUCUCUGAGUGUUAUUAGGGUUUUUGAUUGAUGGCUGUGGAGGAAUUGGUUGAGCUUAAAUUUAGGCUUGCUGAUAGCACUGAUAUUGGACCGAGCAAGUAUAAGACUAGUGCAACUGUGGCGUCGCUAAAGGAAAAGAUUAUUGCUCAAUGGCCAAAAGACAAAGAAAACGGUCCUAAAUCCAUAAAUGAUAUAAAGCUGAUCAAUGCGGGAAAGAUACUGGAAAAUAAUAUGACGGUUGCCGAAUCACGAACUCCACUUAGUGAAGUUCCAGGAGGAGUCAUCACAAUGCAUGCUAUUGUGCGUCCGCCCCUUCCAGACAAGCAUAAAGAUAAACUGCAGGACAAGUCCCGGAAAAAGGUGGGAUGCUCGUGCACGAUUAUGUGAAGAGCCCUCAAACAUGUUCGACCAAGUUGGGCUGCCUUAAUCAUUCUUUUGCGCUCUCUUGCUUCCCAUUACGUUUGUUGCAUUACAGGUGAAUGAAUUGUGCGGAGAAUCAUUAGUUACAAAUGUUAAUAUAUAGAUUUCAAAAAGUGUCGAAUGUGCCAUAGGCUCGCCCGGUUGGUUUAUUGCCAUUUACGGCCUUUUUAACCUCGAGCCCUCUCGAAACACAUAUAGAGAACCAAACAGAAAAAAAAAAAAAAAAAAAAGAAAGAAAA